AGCCUGGACCCAAAAUUGAAAGCUAGUAGGUCUUAGCUGCUAAAUUCGAAAAUAUGUUACAAUAGACCCUAUGAAACGUAGAGCUUUGAUGAGAGAUUCGGGGAACCAGAAAGAAUGAAAAGCCGAGAAACUCGCGACUUUGGUCAACCGGAAGAAUCCAUCAUAGGCAGCAGCGAUGUCGCACUCCGCUGCAGUAUCCUGGGCCAGCCAUUAGCCUCUGUCCUGUUGGAGGAGGAGCAGCAGUAUCAGGAUGAUCGGCAGCAACAGGAUCAUCAGGAUCAUCCGGAGCAGCAGCAGCACCAGCAGUCGCAGCAGGAUCAGGCGCAGGAGGAGGAGGAGGGGGGCAACUCCGCGGCAACCGGCAACGAAGCGGCCCAGAGUCAGGACUCGGGUGCGGUGCAGGGCCAGGAUCAGGAUCAGGAUGCGCCGAAGAAGCGCUGCGACAAGUGCGGCAAGAAGCUCGGCCUCACCGGGGGAUUCCCCUGCCGCUGCGGCGGCACCUACUGCGCCGUCCACCGGUACAGUGAUCGCCACGAGUGCAACUUCGACUACCGCGAAAUGGGCGCCAACGAGAUACGGCGCGACAAUCCCGUGGUCGUGGCCAGCAAGUUGCGAAAGCUCUGAGUUUAUUUUUUCUGACCACCCAUGGCUAAGACCAACCAGCUAAAUCGAAAACAAAAUCAAAAAAAAAUUAAUAAUAAAAGCUACAGCCUGUUCUUUCGUUAAAGUUAAA